AUGAAAUUCCAAACUAUUCUAAUGAGCUGCCUGGUCUUGGGCGUUUGCCUGAUUAAGCAAUCCGACGCAGUAUCCUGCACAGAUGUUGGUGCUCCCCCCGCCCCCGAUUGUACUGAUUGUACUGAUACAGCCAACGAAAAUGAGCCUGAUUGCACCACUACUACCACCACAACAACAACAACAACAACAACAACAACAACAACUGUUGCUCCCGAUACCGAUACCGCGACGACGGCCACUGACACAACAACUACUUCAUGCACCGCAACCGUCGCUCGACUGCAGCGUCGCAUCAGAAAUAUGAGAAUCAGAAUGCGUCGUAUGCAGCAAGUGAAUAGAAGACUAAGAACCAGGCAGACCGGGAGGAGGGUUGUGCUUGUCCCCGUCAGGAAUGGAAAUCAGGGUGGCAAUAGACGCCGGGUUUUGGUUAACAGAGGACAGCUUCGAGGUUAA